CGCCCGCCCGCCCGCACGCACUGCCACCAUGGUGAAGCUGCUGCGCCGCCGACUGCGCUGCCAUGGUUGCGGGGAGGCUUCACCCAACGAGCGCUCCGGCGUCGCCCGUGCCUGGGUGUGCCCGUACUGUGAAGCAGUCAACCAUGUAGACGAGCGCGGCCAGAUCACCGACCCGCCCGUCGAGUUGACCGCCCAAACCCAGCCGCUGUAUACCCAGCGCUCGCGGUCGGGCACCCCCGACAUCAUGCACCCGCCCGUCGAGUCGCCCUUCUGCGAACGCUGCGAGAAGAACCAGCUGAUCGUGAACCGCUCGCUCGCCGAGUAUCUCCCCGACGAAGACGACCCGCAGUACGCAAAAUACGACAAGGCGCUCCCGCAAUACCAGGCACAGCUCGAGGAGCGCUACCCGCCCGUCUGCGAGAACUGCAUCGAGAGGGUCCAAGCAGGCAUCCGGCAAGCGGGCUAUGCAACCAAAGCGGAAGAGCUGCGGCGCAAGCUGGACCAGUCCAAGAAGUACCAGAAGGAGACGCCGACUGUGCGGCAGACCUGCACUCUGUGGAUCAUAUGGCUGGGCCGGUGGGCAUACAUUACCAGCGUCCUCGUCAUUAUGCUCUGGCACAGUCUCGGUGCCAUUGCAUAUUUCGACUUUUCGGAGCGGGACUUCGACUGGGCGCAUUGCCUUUCGGAAGCAGCAUACAUGAGGGAGGCCCACCAGAGCUGUGUCGCAUCAUCCCCGGUUCGACAGGUGGUCUUCUAUGCACUUGUUGCAGACCUUCUUACCAUCUGGUGGAACCCGAAGCUGGGCCAAAAGAUGAAGCACGCCAGCGGGCGUAUGCGUGGUCUCGUCACUACGUGGAUGAUCCGUAUGCUUCUUCUCCUGUUAAAUGCGGGGAGUCACUUUCUGCUCAACGACACUUCUAUACGAGAGACCGGCAUCAUCUCGGACGAGCGCGUGGGCUUCUUCCGCUACACCCACAUGACACUCCUCACCCUCAACAUCCUGGCCACCCUCCUCGCGUGGAACACAGUGACCAUCAAGUACGUCUCGACCAAGGAGCUCCUCCGCCCGCUCGACGCACACCUCCCCACCGCCCCGCGCAGCACGCAAACCACGCCCCGGCCACAACACACCGCCCCGCUUCCCAACAACACCAGCUUCGACUCCAUGGCUGCCGGUUUCGCUUCCAGCUUCCCCUCCGAGCUCAACGCCUACCCGCCCUCUCCAACCCUAUCCGCCACCUCCUACGCCGACACCGAAGAAAGCGACUUCACCCCCUACUCCGCGCGCAAGUCGUCCAUCGCCACAAACGCCUCCACAGACGCCAUGGACUGGACGCCCACGCACUCCCGCUUCGCCAGUCACACGCCGUCGUUGCUCCCCUUCCCCUCCAGCAGCCAGCACCAACCAGACUCCCCCUCCCCCUCUCCGUCCAAGCCGCCCCCCGUCAACAUCUUCAAGCCCGGCGCCGAGACGAAUCCCUUCCGCCGCCGCAUCCCGGCUGCCCCCGCUAGCUGGCACAAGUCCACACUCCCGCCGCACCCGGAAGAACAGUCUCGCAAGCGGAAUUUUUUCGCCGAGGAUGCGGAGCGGAAUCGCGAUCUUGGGCUGGGGCUGCGGGGACGGGGGGUUCCCAAGGCGGUGGAGAGGGAGGCGAGUCUGUUCCAGGCGCCGCAGUUCAAGUAUGAUGCGGGGGGUUUGGUGGGUGCGAAGGAGACGGGGCUCGAGGAGGGGUUCAAUGAUUUGUUUUCGAAAUAAGAUUGCAUGGGGAUGGGGGCGGGGUGGACGGGCAUUUGCGUGGCGUUGUGUGUCGUUUUGUUUGAGAUACCCUUUCUUGUGGUUUUUCUUUUGUCUAAGAUCAGGUGCAUAGGGAGGGAGGACGGUCUGCAGCGCUUUGGCGCGGUCUGGCAUGGUCAAGGUAGCAUUGCGCAAUGGUACAUGCGGGUUCUGCUGGCAAACCCUCUUGUUUGCGAUGGCGAUACCACGCCCGUCUACAGGCAACAAGUCGAUAGUGAUCUGCCGAUAUCCAAACAUGAC